UAUUUUUCUUGUAGCUCACUAUAAUUGGUCUUACUACAUGCUUUAAGCAAUGUAGACUUCAUUGAACUGAUUUUCUUGUGGACUGGUAGAAGUUUUAAAACUGUACAGAUUUUUUGUACUGUUGGCAGAACUUUAUGAAAUUGAAGGAAGAAUAAUCUAAAAGAUAGUAAGAAAAUGAAGAAAAAGAAAGAAGAAGGUGAAGAAACCUGAAGUAAAGAAUAGAAAGUACAUCUUGCUCACUAUCUCAUUCUUUUGUUGUAUUUACCUGUUUCAAUGUGAAGAAUCAGAACUGUCCAGCAUAUAUAUAGGCCUGUUCACGCGGAACAACUAAGACGGCUCAGAGUUUCAUCUUUCAAUGCGAGUCAACUCAGUUAAAACUCAUGAUUUAUGCCCACAAUCACACCAUCAACUGUGAAUCUAUUCAGCUAUCUCACCUGCUUUCUCUGAAAGCUUGGAGGAAUGAAGAAUAUGAAUAAAAGCUAUAUCUGCUCAACUAUUCUGCUUCUAGUUGUUCAUUCUGGUAGGCUGCUUCUGGUGGAAUACCUGUUGCCAAGUGGCCCAAUGAGCAUCCUGAACCCCAUAUAUAUUUUUUCUUUCUUAUUUGAAUAUGAUGAGGGUUAUUUAUUCUGCCUGAUUUUUCUCUUGCUUGUCGGACUGUUCUUAUUACAUCUGUCUUUUCCUCUGCAGUUACAGAAUCAAUACUCCUUCUACCGGGUUCCUUUCACACAUGCACACUUGAAUCACAAGUAAAUCAAAUGCUUCUACUGUGAAACUUAUUUGAUUCUAUUCUCUUUAACAGGAGCACUCAUUAACUGAAUUACAUGAAGCUCAGUAGUAGACAGUUGCAAUAUAUAUCAUGUAGCAUCGCGAGGUUAUCAAGAAUCAGCUUUUAUUAUCAAGUACUUUACACACGGCAAUCCUGAGAUAGUUCUGAAAUUCUUCAGUUAAAUAUUUGCUGAUUCUCAUCAAGAGGAAUAAAUUUCAUAAUUAUUGUACGAUUGACUACUGCGUUUUGUCGAUGUCUUCUGAUAGUGAAGUUUACCUGAUGAUUCAGAACUUGAUCCCCUAUUGAGAAUAAAGCACAUUUCAUGUAUCUUUUUAAUUUGAGUUAGUACAAUAUUUUUACUCUUUAAAGAAUGGAGAGUCCUUAUGCUUGGAUUUGAGAAUAUGAACACGGAAAGUAUCACGAAGCGUCAUCAUCGUUGGAAGAAGGAAUCAGAAGCCUGUCAAAGAUGCACUUGUUUAAAUCCUUCACGUUGGCCAUUCAGAAAUCUCUACUACAUCAUUUCUUUGGAGAAGGAAACUGUAAUCCAUCAUCAACCUUUCUUCCAAUGUCAUGGGAAAAGAUAGAAACUUUAUAUCCUUUGAAUGGAGAAGUUAACGACUGCAUAUAUAUUCCACCACCCAAUUCUUUGCAUAUGGAAUUUCCAUUAACAGGUAUUGCGAGCAAUGAUAAUCGUCAGUCACAUGGUGAAUUGAUUCUAGAUCAAUCUCAUAACCAGAGUUUUCUUUCUGAGUUGUACCAUGGAUUCCAACCAACUCCUGAAGAUCAAACCAUUUAUAGCAAAAUGAGCAAUCUUAACUAUGGUUCAUCUAUAGAUUCACAAGGUUCUGCAUGUAACUCCUUUGUGACUACUAGUCAAGCUCGAAACAACAAGAGGAAAGGAUAUGAUGUUAUUGGGAAGAAUUCAGAUUUGUCGAUCCAACAACUAAGACGAGUUGAUCUUGAUGCCUGGAUAUAUGGGUCAGGAGCAGGUAAAGUUCAUACUAAUAACAGCACACAGUUCAGAGGGGCAGUAACUAACAAACAACGCAUUAGAUGGACUCAAGAACUGCAUGAGGAAUUUGUCAAAGCUGUUGAUGGUCUUGGUGGGCCAAUAAAAGCAACGCCAAAAGGAAUUUUAGGGCUUAUGAAAUCUGAAGGGUUAACAGUUUUUCACAUAAAGAGUCACUUACAGAAAUAUCGAAUGGCCAAGUGCACUCCGGAUCUUCUUGAAGGGAACAGAGCUAGGAGGACUAGCAAUGAUGGAUCACCUGAGUCAAGCCUAAGAGGAUAUGGAGAAUUUCAUAUUUUAGAAACAUUACGCAUGCAAAUGGAUGUCCAAAGAAGCUUACAUGAGCAUUUGGAGAAAAAGUUACAGAUGAGGAUUGAAGAGAAUGCAGAUUACCUGCAGAGGAUGUUUGAUCAGCAAAAAAGGAGGUGUGCAUCCUUUCAAAAUCAAAAUUCAGCGAGAGCAAUUGAUCAAUUCUUUGCAGAAUUUUCACCAGAAAGGGAAUUGAGUAACUAUGACUAUGGAAUUGAAGGGAAAUAUCAAGAACCAUGAAAUAGUGAUUAGAUUGUGUAAGAUGUAAUGAUGUAAAGACUAACAAACUCAUCUGUAGAGAUAAGUAAGAAAAUAUAGUUGGAAAAUCCGGGGAAUUAUCAAGUAUCUACAAUCUACCUUGUUGUAAGUUUGUCUGUGCCCCAAAACAUGAACGAGAAAGAUGCUGCUGUUACCUUGCUGAACUGUAUUUCUCUUUUUGAAUUGCAAUGGGUAUGUUGGUAGGUUCUAGAUAGA